AUGGCCAAAACUCUUGCAGUAUUCGGUGCAACAGGUACCCAAGGGGGCUCGGUGGUCAGCAACGUCUUGAGCGACCCUGAACUCUCCCAAAAAUACAAGCUUCGCGCUAUUAGUCGCGACCCCAACUCAUCCAAAGCCCAGGCGCUCAAGGAGCAACAGGUCGAAGUCGUCACGGGCGAUACGUCAGACUUGGCCUCGAUUGAGCACGCAUUGACGGGGGUUGACUUUGUCUUUCUUAUGUCGACACCCAGCUGGGGUCCGAAUGCGUUGGAGAACGAAUUCAAUAUCAUCAAAUCUAUUGCCGAUAUCGCUGUCCGAAAAGGAGUCGAGUACAUUAUCUUCAGCACGUUGCCGUCAUGCUCCAAAAUGUCCCAGGGUAAGUAUACCGCUGUCACUGCCUUCGAUGCCAAAGCACAGGGCGAAGAAUACAUCAAGACGCUGCCCAUCAAAAGCGCCUUUUGGUGCGGUGGCUUCUUUAUGGAGAACUUCGUGACCCAGCCAUUUCUAGGCCCGAAGCCCAAUGAUGACGGUACCUUCACCCUGGCUCGAAACGCACCGGCGACGCUCAAGCUCCCCUACAUCGAUGCCACAGAUGACGCUGGCAAGUUCGUCAACGCUAUUCUAGCGGAGCCCGACAAGUACGUCGGCCAAACCUUCUGCGCCGCGGCGGGGUUUUAUAGCCUGGCCGAAAUUGCCACUCUAUUGUCCAAGUCCUCAGGGAAGCAGGUCACCUUUAAACAGGUCUCGUACGACGAAUUUAAGGCCUCUCUCCCCUUCAUGGGCGACCUUUUCGCUCAGGGAUUUGCUUGCCAAGCUGAGUAUGGCUACUUUGGGCAUGGAGGCGAGGAUAAGGUGAGCUGGGCGACCAAGAACAUCCAUGGAAAGCUCACUACCCUUCCUGAAUACUUCGAGAAGCAUCCUUUCUCACUCUGA